UUAUUCUGUAUUUGAUAAAGAAUAUUAUUCAAAACCAUCAUUUUUGUUACGCUAAUCAGUGUACUAAGAAAAACAUCCUCUACUAAAAAAUAUAGAUGGUAUAGUGCUCAUGGUUAAAUAUUAGGAGAAUAUACAUAAAUUGUUUUAUUAAAGUUUCGGAACAUUGUAUCAAGAAAGUGAUUAUGGAAAUAUUUUAUCAACAAAAUAUUGUGCUAACAAACGAUAGCAGGGACUAUGAUUCCUCUGCGUAUAGUAGUAGUGCAACAACGUCUUCCUUAUCUAAUUGUUCGUCAAUAUCGUUACCACCAUUAAUUAAAACGUCGGACGGUCAUAACACAACAAAGGCUUUAGUACCUUUAGCCGCAUUAGAACGCGAUGAAACUUUGCAAUAUAGUGGCGCAGGAGAAUUAGUUUCGCAAACUAUAGCUGAGCAGCAACAACAGCAACAGCAGGUUAAUCAACAGGUGCUACACCAAUUAGGUUUUAAUGUAUACGAUGACAACAAUGUAGAUUUAGCCUGUAGUGCAAUACCUACAUAUAAAAAUCUACAAGAGGAUGAGUAUACCAAUAAUUUAUUGAAAAUGACCGAUACAUAUUCACCGACAUCAUCACCAUCAUCAUCAUCAUCAUCAUCAUCAUCAACCAUUUUAACUAAGCAAUCAUUGUCAUCACCAUUAGCGACGGAUAAUUCAUCAAUAAACACAACAGAAUCGAACACCCUAUUAGCCUUAUCUACGCCAACAAAUAACAUUAACUACCACGAACUACGAGUUUCUGAUACAAACGGUAAUGAUACCACAGUCCCCUCGUACCAUAGUACGGCCAGUAAAGAGAACGUUUGUCUUAAAUUUGAGUAUGCUUUCGAAAAUCAAAAACUUGUACAAAUACAACCACCCGUCGUAGUGACUGAUAUAACAACAGAGUCUUCGGCGGUGUCAUCAUAUGAUACACUAAAUAAUGCUAUGCCAAUAUUAGAGGCCAAUACGAAUCCAUCAUAUAUGAAUCUUGCUAAUGACAGUUACAUGGAAGUAAAUAACGAGCCUGAUGAACUUUUAUUUUGUAUACGGCCAGGUGCCUUGCACAAACAGAAAGGAGAGCCAACUUACACAACAGUUUCUUUUGAGAGCUCAGAUGAAUCGUUAUCCCGUUACAAAUGCAAUUAUGAGAACUGUUAUCGAAGUUACAGCACGAUCGGUAAUCUAAGAACGCAUUUAAAGACCCACAAGGGUGAAUAUCGUUUUAAAUGUCCUGAGGACGGUUGCAGUAAAGCUUUUUUAACUUCAUAUAGUUUAAAGAUACAUAUACGAGUUCAUACGAAGGUUAAACCUUAUGAAUGUGACGUGGGUGGCUGCGAGAAGGCUUUCAAUACGCGUUAUCGAUUACACGCUCACUUGCGUUUACAUAAUGGUGAGACUUUUAAUUGCAAUCAAUGUACAAAAUAUUUCACGACUUUGAGCGACCUAAAGAAACACAUGCGUACCCAUACGCAGGAAAGGCCAUACAAAUGUCCUGAAGAUACUUGUGGGAAGUCAUUUACGGCCUCGCAUCAUUUAAAGACCCAUAUACGGACCCACACGGGCGAGCGGCCAUAUCCUUGCGAGGAAACCAGUUGCCAGAAGUCAUUCAGCACAUCACAUAGCCUUAAGUCUCAUAAGAAAACCCAUCAGAAAGAAACACAAUUUCGCCCCACUAGAGAACGUAAAUUAAAAACGAAUAAAAGAUUAAUAACAGCUAAGAAAUCGUUGAGCGGGGUUAAGAAUGAUUCGAUAGCGUCUGCUGAGAAAGGGAAAACGCAUAUUUCUUAUCCAAAAGAUGAUUUAUACGAGGAAAAAGCCGAGCACGCUGCCGUUAGUGUAAUUAAAACCGAAGCUGUUGAAUAUAUCCCCCAAGACGUGUAUGCACAGCGUGUUGAUAUGAAGCGGUCGGGAUCGUCGCUGUUGGCACCAAAAGUUGAGUCUUUGAGCUUACCAGAAACGUCACAAGCCUUUCAAAUUGCUUAUGCGGCUGAAGAAGAGAUACCGUCGCCUUGGAUAGAUUCAGCGAUACUGGUACCCAAACCUAUUCUCCCUAUGGCACCUGUUACGUCAGCUUGUGUCGCUUUGCCCACCGAGGUAACAAGUUAUGUGAAUUUAACCGGCAAUUAUUCGAACAGUUUGUCUGACGCUAAUGCUCCGCCAACAGCAAUGCCGACUACAAACACAAGCAACAAUAUUGCUAAUCAUAACGAUGCGGUUAAUCAUAUACCAACUAACGUCGUCAUGGACGUUGAUGACAGUAUUAAUAAUUUACGUAACGAGAACAAUUCAUUUUCGAUUCCCAUAAGUACGUUAAAUGAAACCCUAGAAGAUUCUAUAGCUAUACAGGAAAAUAUCGAAGAUCUUCUAAAAUAUACGGAUUACAGCAGCGAAGGCGAUAUUGAAACGGAAUCCUUGCUAAAUGAUAUCUUGAUGACUAUCGACAAUGCCAGCCUAUUACAAAAAACUUUAGAGCAAGCAGAAGACGUUCCCGCCGAUGCUACCGGCCUCAUCGAAGUAGACUUGCGUCGUCCUCGUAAACCGACCUUAAAACAAAUUACUGCAGAUGCUGGCAUUUGCAGUUGCACCAAUUGCAAAUGCGAUCAUAUGAAACAUUGCCAAAGUAAUUGCGCCACACCGUUAAGUUCUGGUAGUCAUGAAGUUGAAACUCGAAAAACUGCUACUACUAGAUAUUCUAAAGAUGAAAGCUCUCGUCGUAAAGAACAUGCCCGUAAACAGGUCAGCCGGAGCGAAGCUGAAAUUAAUCAAAAUAUUGAGGAUGUAGCCAUGUUAUUGCAAAAUCUAGCUUCAAUGAGUGGUGGUAAAGCCGGCGGUUGCUGCGGCGGCAAUGUUCCCAACACAUCUGCGCAAGCAGGUGCUAUGAACACAGUAAGUGGUUGUUGUGGCACUAUGACUGCCAAUUCCAAUAAUGUUAAAUUAGAAGAGGACAAUCCUUGCUCAUCGAACGCAUUUAGCGGCAGUGGUGCAACUACUACCAGCAAAAUGCCACCUUCGAUAUCCAACGCUACAAAUAAAGCCAUAAAAAAUUCGAUGUGCACCUGUAAGAGCCCGUCGGAGGGUGUCGCAAAUGGUUGUUGUGUUGUGAUUUGCAUCAAAACGUUGCAGGCCUUGCGUAAAGUUCUGACCCGCAAAAAUCUUAACCUAAUGCUUUGCCCCCAGAGUCAAAACAACAAUUAACUAUCAAGAUUAAGAUGCUCCAUGUGAUAACUGUUAUAUGUAUGGCAAUGUUUUCUUUCUCUACGCCCUACUUUCGUUCUCGUUGUUUAUUGACAAACUUAUAUAAACCAAAGAUGUGUAUACUAAGUAAAUUUGUUUGUUUCGU